AUGGGUUCUAUCCAAGUCGAAUUCAAGAACCCCGCCACCACGACUCUCCUUGAGCUGGCCAGGUCCCUCCGUACGUACUAUGAUCUGAAGGCCGAGAGUCCUAUCUCCGACGAUGCCAUUGAGGCAAUAGUCCAGGAUUCUGUCCUUCAUGUGCCCAGCUCUUUCAAUACCCAUACAUCCCGUGUAGUUCUCCUCUUGAAGGAGGAGCACAAAAAGGCGUGGGACAUUGCUAUCAAUGCCAUGGAAGGGCUGCUUGCUGCUGGCCAAGUUCCUGAGGAGAUGUUUGAGACGCAAGCCAAACCUAAACUGAAUGGACUCCGCGCUGCUUAUGGAACUGUGUUAUUCUUUGUCGACUAUGAUUCCUUGGCUCCGAUUAAAGAGAAGUUCAGUAUCUAUGCUGACAAAUUCGAUCCUUUUGCCAUGGAGUCGAACGCUAUGGCUCAGUACCUCGUCUGGGUCGCCCUCGAAGCCGAAGGCUUUGGUGCCAAUCUCCAGCACUAUAGCCUCCUGAUUGACAAGCAGAUUCAGAAGACUUGGAGCCUCCCCACCUCGUGGAAGCUUGACGCACAGCUGGUCUUUGGCGUCUCUACCACCGACUCGGGUGAGAAGGCCUUUACUCCCCUUGAAGGCAGCUUUAAGGUUUUCGGAAAGUCCCUGUGA